GAAAUGGGGAGAAAUAAGACCUCUGUCACAGAGUUCAUCCUACUGGGAUUUCCUCUCAACUCAAGGAUUCAGAUGCUUCUCUUUGGGCUCUUCGCCCUGUUCUAUGCCUUCACUCUGCUGGGGAACGGGCUCAUCCUGAGACUCAUCUGGCUGGACUCCAGACUGCACACCCCCAUGUACUUCUUCCUCUCCCACCUGGCCAUCGUCGACAUAGCCUAUGCCUGCAACACGGUGCCCCAGAUGCUGGUAAACCUCGUGAAUUCAGACCAGCCCAUCUCCUUUGCUGGCUGCAUGACACAAACCUUUCUGUUCUUGAGUUUUGCUCAUACUGAAUGUCUUCUCCUGGUGGUGAUGUCCUAUGAUCGGUAUGUGGCCAUCUGCCACCCGCUCCGAUAUUCUGUCAUCAUGAGCUGGAGAGUCUGCAUCACCCUGGCAUUGACUUCCUGGAUUUUAGGAGUUCUCCUAGCCCUAGUACAUCUAGUGUUACUCAUACCAUUGCCCUUCUGUGGACCCCAGAAAGUUAACCACUUUUUUUGUGAAAUUAUAGCUGUCCUCAAACUUGCUUGUGCAGAUACCCACAUUAAUGAGACUAUGGUUUUGGCUGGGGCAGUAUCUGUGUUGGUAGGACCAUUCUCCUCCAUUGUGAUAUCUUACAUUUAUAUUUUAUGUGCCAUCCUAAAGAUUCAAUCAGGGGAGGGGCGCCAGAAAGCCUUCUCCACCUGUUCAUCCCACCUCUGUGUGGUUGGACUCUUUUAUGGCACAGCCAUUAUAAUGUAUGUUGGGCCCCGUAAUGGGAACCCCAAGGAGCAGAAGAAAUAUCUCCUCCUGUUCCACAGCCUUUUCAAUCCCAUGCUCAAUCCUCUGAUCUAUAGUCUGAGGAACAAAGAAGUCAAAGCUGCUCUGAAGAGGAUGCUUGAAAAAGAGCGAACUUCAUGA